AUGGCCACCCCCAACAGCAACAACGACCAAACCACCGCCAUCCCCCCCGCCCAAAAAGCCCGCACCAUCGCCCACAUGAACACCGACCACCGCACCGACCUGCGCCACAUCCUCCAGCACUACGGCGCCGUGCCCCCCAUCCCACCCUCCUACUACACCACCUCCUCCUCCACGGACGAUGGCAAGAAGAACCCGCUCAUGACCGACAUCGACUUGCACUCCCUCACGCUCCAGCUGCCCGGGCGCGACGGGCUGCAUCGCGUGGUGUUUGAGCCGCCGUUGGAGGGGUGGGGGGAGCGGAGGGGGCGGUUGGUGGAGAUGACGCGGGUGGCGAGGGAGGCGUUGGGGGUGGUUGUUCCUCCUCCUGAUGGGGGGGAUGGGGAUGGGGUGGUGGUGGUGGUGGAUGAGUAUAUGGCGCCGAGGGUGCCGUAUGAUUUGGCUAUUUUUGUGGCGGUGCUGGGGUAUUAUCUGUGUUAUGGGCUUGUGUGGAGGGGGUGGUUUGCGGAGGGGAGUGUGGCGGCGCGGGUGGUGGAGGGGAUGUGGUUCCCCGGCGGGGUGGGCGGGUUUACGUGGCUGGUGGAGGCCAUCUUUGUGCCGGUGGUGGCGCUGCAUGUGUUUGAGACGUGGUUGUUGGAGAGGACGAGGCUGCGGAGGUUCGGGGUGAGGAGGGGGAGUGCGGUGUGGUGGAAGUGGGUGGUGACGAGUUUAGGACAUGUGAAGGGAAUGGGGUGCGAGCCCUCGCCAGACCUUCACCUUUCACGUCGCCCAGAACUGGCUGAGGUAUUUGGGAUUGACCCCAUGCGACCAGUGGCGUUUAGGGAUAGUUACGAAGAAUCCCUUUCUCCUCCACUCCUCCAAUCCAUUGCAGGGCCCAACAAUGACCACACCAGCACCAGUAACAUUAAGGAUGUGCUCUUAUCCGGCGCCCCGAAACGCUGGGUAGUCUACGAGCCCAUGGUGUUGUUACCGAGCGGCAGUUUCAGCACCCAACCAUGGCCGGCCCUUCUGUCCUCGUUGAGGCCCUCACAAAAAGAACCCCUCUGGACCGCCAUCCUCCGCCACAUAUCACCCGCCAACAAACCGCCAUUAACUCACUUGGCGAUCAACGAGGGCAUCCCGUUACACCUUGGCUCCGGUUCAUCAACCACCUACGGGGACAGCCCUAGCGGACAACAAAAGGAGCCCCAUAAAAGGGACGACGACGACGACGAGAACGUCCUCCGCUCCCCCACGCACCUGCACCCCCUCCACGGCGACUUCGGUCCACCCCCCUCAUCCACACCGACCAGGCCCUCCCAAGCCGACUUCGACGCCGCCCUCUGGGUAACCACCAAGCAGAACGGCCUGGUGCAGGUCUGGGCGCCGACCCACACCAUGUUCAGCCGGGGCAACGUCAAGGAGAAGGCGCGGCUGCUGUCUUUCCACGAUACCCGCAAACCAAAUCCCACCCCCCAACCACCACCACCAACAACCACCACCACAGCAGCCACAAAAAGUAAAAUUGCUAAAAACAACAAACACGCCCUCGACCUCUACGCCGGCAUCGGCUACUUCGCCUUCCCGCUCGCCCGCCUCGGCCUGCGGGUGCUGUGCUGGGAGCUCAACGCGUGGAGCGUCGAGGGCCUGCGGCGCGGGGCGGCGGCCAACGGGUUCUCGGUGCGUGUUGUCGUGUCUGGAUCUUCUAGAGAUGGUGAUGGUGAUGAUCUCGCAGCGGGAGGGGUUGGUGGGGUGGAUAUGGCCGAGGCUAUGGGCGGUGGGGAGCAGAUCGUGGUGUUCCUGGAGGAUAAUCGGCAUGCGGCUGGGCGGGUGCGCGGUGUUUAG